AUGAUUGUGUUUACAUUCAGUGGGAGCAAUUCUCUAGCAGGAAUGGAGGCUCCUCUGUUUGCCCUUGGAAUUCCUCAUAUCUUGACUUUAUUCUCGGCUCCUGAUUAUGCUCAAAUCAAACGUGAAGUCCAACAUGUUUUUCUCCUAUUUCUAGGUGUAGAUAGCACUCCUUCCAAUUCCUGUAUAUCUAUUUUAGAACUAUUACCUUACCUUGAUGGGGGAGCGUCUCACUUCCCAUGCUCGCUUAUCUAUUUAGUGUUUGUGUUUGUGAUGAAACAGUUUUUCAACCAGCCAUUUCUUUGGAUGAUUACACAAGAUUUCGCCAAGGGCCAAUUGGCAACUCUGCCACUUGAGUUCUUGGAAAAGACUAAAGAAAUGGGUCUGAUAGCCACAUGGUGCCCCCAGGAGCAAGUUCUUGCCCACCCUUCAGUGGGAGCGUUCGUGAGUCAAUUUGGGACUAGCUCAAUGCUUGAGAGCAUUUGUGCUGGAGUGCCUAUGAUCGGUUGGCCGUAUUUUGGUCAUGACCAUCAAGUGACCUGCCGGUACAGCUGUAACCGAUGGGUUAUUGGGAUGAAGAUCAACGAGGAUAUAGAGAGGGAAGAAGUGGAAAGCCUAGUUCGCGAGUUGAUGGAGGGAGCUGAGGGUAAAGCAAUGAAGAGGAAGGCGAUGGAGUGGAAGAAACAAGCAGUUGAGGCCACCAGUAAAGGUGGGUCAUCGGUGAAAAUUUUCAACAACCUUUUGAAGGCAUUAUCAAGAUCACAGAACUUCAUGGGUCAUCAGAUUCUCAGCUCCUUAUAA